AUGGCUUCGCAGGCUCAGGUGAUCCAGCAAAAAGUUGACCGGUUCAUGGCUCAGCUCGAUGGUGAGUUGUCCAAGUACCCCGCUCUCAACCGCUUUGACAAGCACCUCCCCGUGCCCAAGUCCUACAUCGCCGUGACGGGUCUCGCGAUUCUGACGAUCCUGAUUUUCUUCAACAUCUUCGCCGGUUUCCUGACCAACUUCAUUGGUUUCUUCAUUCCCAUGUACUUCUCGCUGAAUGCGCUUGAGACGCCCAAGCCUCAGGACGACAUCCAGUGGCUCACGUACUGGGUUGUGUUCGGUUUCUUCAACUUUGUCGAGACGUUUGUGAGCUUCGUCUUGUACUGGUUCCCCUUCUACUACACGUUCAAGACACUCGCGAUCGUGUGGCUUAUGCUCCCCCAGACGCAGGGUGCCAAGAUCGUGUACCACCGCGUUCUGCGCCCAGCCUUCCUCUCGAUGACCGGCUCGUCGCCGGCCUCGCGCGUGCCGGCCUCGGCUGCUGACAUCAACAAGACGGGCUUCUCCGCCUCGUCGACGGGUGUGCACACCGAGUAA